AUGGGCCCCUGUACCGCCUCCUCAUGCUGCUGCCAGGCCCCUAAUCUGCCAUGGGCCCCUGUACCGCCUCCUCAUGCUGCUGCCAGGCCCCUAAUCUGCCAUGGGCCCCUGUACCGCCUCCUCAUGCUGCUGCCAGGUCCAGAGUCUCUCAUGGGUCCCUGUACGGCCUCCCAUUGCUGCUGUCUCCAUCGCCACACUCUGCCAUGUGCCACUUUCAGGUCUCCUCACACUGCUGGUGGGUUCCAUUUUUGUCAUAGGGUGCUGUAUGGCCUCCCAUUGCUGCUGCCUCCACCGCCACACUGUGGCUCCACACUCUGGUUUUGGCCCCGUGACUGCCCAAAUGAGUGAAGUGUGCGGUGAUUCUAAGAUCGACGGCACUCAUCUGCAUGUCAUACUGACUGUCAGUUAUUAUUUCUCUUCCCCAGCAGACUCCAAGGGCAUUUAAAUUAAAGGUACAGUGUUCUGCACUAAUAUAA